AUGUACAACUCGACGUCGAUCCUCAUGGACUACAUCACCGAGAUUGACCCGCCGAUGCUGCAGCGGUCGAUGGCCAUCAUGCGCUGCAAGGCGCGCCGGCUCUGUACGCUGCAGUGGUUCUUCAUGUCGCACUUGACAACCUUUGGGUUACCGGAGAAGGAGCUCCGCCACAAGAAGCAGAUUGCCCCAGUGCACAACCCGACGAACACCACGACGUUGCUCAGUCCGUCCCACACGGCGGACGACCACGGGCAGUCUGCCAGCGACCGGUUUGCCUCUUCGAUUGAAAAGCCCAACAGCGAGGACCGACACCUCGUCGUGCAAGACAAGGGCCACCACAUUCAUCUACUCGACGCCGACUUGAACGACGUCAAGACGCUCAUGUUCAACAUCAAGAUUCUCAAAAACACAGAUGUGUCCAUCUACUAACACG